UUUUAAAUGAGGACCCAUAUUUGAAGUUUUCCAGUGAAACUUAAAAUGUUGAUGAUCACAGUGAAGAAAAAUUUAAUGAAACAAAAAAAGCCUUUUUGAUCAACUGCACUUAGGAGUUUUUGCUUAUUUUUCUUUCACAGAUCUUUUAAUUCAGCUUCUAAUCUCUUUCUUUUUCCUAAGGAUUAUGGAAGAAAAUUCUUAUAGCUCCAGAUCCCAAUAACUGAGAUCUAGCAAAAUCAAAGAUGCAGAAUCCUUUUGCAGAGGGAUGCUGGGGAUGAAAGCAGUACAUAAGAUGAAAUAUAGAUGUUUCUGGGAGAAGAGCAAACUGCAUGUAAACUUUGCAUUUUUACUGUCAUUUUUUCUUUUUUUGCCCAUUCUGAUAUAAAAAGGAAUAGCACAGCCUUAUAUUCCUCAGACUGCUCGGUACAGUUGCUGUUCUCUCUCGUGUACCAUUUAUGUCUCACUUAAAUACAUCAUAUUUGAAUUUCACUCACUGACAGAAAAAUAUUUCUUUUUGCUGAGCCUUUCCCUUCCAUGAACUAUUUUGUUCAGUAGAUGUGCCAUACAGGUGAUGCAUGAUCAGGAGCCUGCAGCCUAAAAGGAGCUCUUGCUAAGUGGUACGUGCAUCUGUAGGGGAAAUGCUUUCUUAACCCAAUCCCUAUCUGCUGUUCUCUGAUAUUUUGCUAUUCCUCUUUUUAAGGAACCCUGUAAAAGGUUGAGCUUUGCCAAGGUCUAUAUGGGAGAAACAGCAGUUUUCCAAAUGGAGAAAGAGGAAUUUAGGUUGGGUUGAAUUGUUGUUUCUUUACCAUCUGAAAAUAACAUUGUGCAUGGAGAGGUUGGGAGCGCCCUUAGGAAAUUCCCCUUUCUGAAAUGAUGGAGAAAAAGAGAACUUCCUAAGUCCUAUAGAACUGAAAAGCUUGGGGAAGGUAUCCCAGCAGACAGGCAGCCAUUGCUCCUCUGGCACCUCAGGGGUCGUGCUGAGCAUGGUGGGCUUCCUGGCUUAGUGUGGAGUGCUGUGGGUGCAGGAAUGAGAUGGAGCAGGAGAUAGAAGGUUGGAUGUUACCUGGUGGGUUAUGCCCACUGUUUUGUUGUGUUUUGUUUUAGGUGGCUGUUAACAUAUAGUGAAACAGAAGGGUUUGAUCUAGCACAGGAAAAGCACCCAACAGAAAGCCCAAAAGAAUCCAGUAAGACUGCUAUUUAUUUUUUCUUCCUCUUUCUCUCUCCUGGGGAACUAAGCUGGAUAAGGAGGAGACAUUUUUGUGCAGAGACAGCAGGAAAUGGGGAGGGUUGGGUUUCGAAGGCAUUCAGACUCCUUUAUAAACAUCCUUCUUAUAGAAAUAUUAGUUUUUAAACAUCCUGAAAUCCCAUCCUUCUGCUACCCAGCCUGAAGACGCCAUCAGAAGCGUUCACCUUCACGUUCCUGGGCUCUGCUCACAGCAGGGAAGAGGAGAAACCAGCUGAGGGAUCCAGCAUCCAAAGAAGUGAUUGUGUCAGGCAAUUUGAAUAACCUCUGGGGCCAAGGGUUGCAGGUGACAGCGAUUCGGGAACUCCUAACCUUGGAAUCUCCCUCUGUUCUCCCUUACGUAGGGAGACUCAGCCUGAGGAACAGGUUUGCGUGAAACCAUUUUGCAUUGCUGUACAAAGUGCAGCAGGAUGUCACGCGUGCCUUCAUCCAGCGCUGCACCCAUCAGGUCAGGAAGGAGAACUGCUGAUGAAUCGCGUUAGUGCUGACAGCCUCCUGCUCGGGGUUUGCUAUUAGCGCUCCCUCCCGAUGGCAGCGGGGCAGCUGGGAUCUGUUGUGCUUUUCUUUCCUCUGCUCCUGGUGACAUCUACCGGCAGAACAGCCUCAGAUCGGGCAUUUGCUGCUGCAGAAAACAGCUUCGAUAUACAUCACAUUUAAUCUAUACGCCUAAACGCGAUGUAGAAUUUAUGACUGUAAACGCUCCCACAUUUGUUUGGGUUAUUCUGUGAGCACAGGGAGGCAGAUUUGUAGCAGGAAGGCAGAGUUCUUGACAAUGCUGAAAUGAGAGCGGAAUAAAUCACUGCAGUGGGUUUUAUAGGCAGCACUUCAGCAGAGCUGGGAGUAAAUAGGGUAAUGCUAUCACUGCCUAGAAAGCAUUUUCUGUGGCUUAGUUUAGCCUGCCGGUUCUGCUUUUGCUACAUAAAGGCUCUUCUGGCAGAAGUGUCAUGCUGUCAGAGGAAGCUGCAAGCCAGGCUUGCUAGGGGAAUCUGGGAAGGGCCUUUGGAUGCUUUCUGGCUUUGCUAUGGCACAGACUGUUGGUUUAGGAAACAAAGAUCAAUAAUGCUUUCCCUUCUGCUCAUGGCUUGCCUUAUGCCCUUUCUUUUUAUAAUCCUGACACUGAAAAACAGUCCCCUGAAAGAGUGGCCUUGAGAAAACCCCAUGCAAAGUACCCAAAGUUGUAAGUGAAGAAGGAGCAAAUGCUGGCAUUGUCUGGCCCUUUAAUGGGUAGAAAGUUCUAUUUGAAUAAAGCACGAACUUAAAAAAAUAAUAAGUCUAUUUAAGGAUAGUAUUCCAGUUUGCAUCUACUGUCCACAGUACUAGUGAUGAAACAUUUAAGUUGGUCUAUGAAUUCAGGGCCAAAAUCCAUUUUAACUUUAAUAAUUUAGCUUUAGGAGCAUAAAUUUCCUUCUCUGGGCUUUACCCAGAGUUGUCCUUUGUCCAUCUCUCAUCCUUCCCGUGUGACUUUGCACAAGGUACUGUGGCUCUAUUUGUGAGAUUCUUCAAGCCUGCUGGAAGGGAGAGCAUUUUCCUGCUGGUAUUCAAGUAUUUGACAGAAGACUGAACAUGAAUCUUGUCCCAGUUCUCUGCGCCUUGCUCCUGUGAGACCUGAACUCGCUGGGGAUAGUCAUUCACAGAGAAGGAAGAUCAGAGCCAUAUUCAAAAUGCUCUCUAAAUCUGGUGCCCCAGGAGCUGAACUCAGGCUUCCUCUGUUCUGAGCGCUCACAUCAAUAUGCACACAAUUAAGCACAAGAGACCGGUUGUGUAAUAACUUCUUAUUGAUCCUGCCCUGGCAGAGCUGGAAAAAAAGAACAAAAGAGGCUUCUGCUAUGGGUGUUCAGUGGGGAAAACCAGGUAUGUUCCAUCACUGUAAGGACUUGCACUGGAAAGGUAAUCCCAGAGGUCUGUGCUUUUAAUACAAUUCCUACAGGAGUCCUAAAGAUGGCACCUGAUGUAUAGUACUGCUAAGAGUGGCAGAGGGAUGUGAAGAAAGUUCAGCUCUCUGUAUUCAGAGGUGAACUGGAAAAGGCCAAGCACGAUGGUGGACCAGACUCUGAAAACAUUGGAAUAUUGCCAGACACAUGUAGUGACAUGAGCAAGAAACAAUCCUGUGGUAAAAAGAUGGGAUCAUAAAAGAAUCUGAGUCAGAGAAAGCAAAUCAAGACCACAGGAGAAAGUUUGGCUUUGGACUAUCUUCUUAUCUAUGCAUGUUUGGCUUUGCAAUGAGCAAAACCCAAAACAAAACUGGAUUUCUGAGGACACUGCAGGGGUAAGUAGACCCCUUAGAUUCUUUUUGUUCACAUAAGAAUAAUUAGCAAUUUAAAUCCGAUCCUAUAAAAGUAAACUUUAGAGAUGUAUCUCUUCCUAUUAAGCAGGAUAUUGCAACAGUCCCUGUUAGAUCACUUUACAGCAUCAGCUUAAACUUGUCUAAUUACAGCUUAGAAGCUUAUAUCCACUAAGUUUAUUUAACCAGGAAGGACUGAUUGCACAAAGACACUGAUGCCCAAACAAGUAAGAGCUCCGGCUGCGACGCAGGUACUUUGCUGGAAUUGGAGGUGCUUUUCCAUGGAAGUGUUCUCCAUUUGCCACCACUGCUCUUGUGUAAGAGGUGAAAAAGCCCCUGUUGCUCUGAGACUGCAGCUGGGCAGGGGAGGAAUGAUGCUGCGAAAGAAAACUCAUGAGUGAUGAUAGAAUGAAGAAACUCACCUCGAGCUGCAUUACUAGGGUGUGUCUCUUGGAAUAUAGCCACACUGGGAAGGAACUUGAAAGUGUUUUGCCUAUUAGAAUAAUGUUUGUACCUUGUGUGUUUGUUUUAGUAUCUCAUAAGCAAGCCCUACAGAUUUCCUGAAAUUGUCUGUACCAAUAGCACACAUUAAAAGGAGCAACCCCUGAGACAAGCUUGUGAUAAGCAGGAGUUUCCUGUGAUCCCCGCAGACUGUUCCGUUCUCAGAUAGGUAUCUCCCAGAGUUACCUACUUAUGGGGACUCACACAUGUCAUUGUGCCGAGACACCAGUGACCCCCAGCAGGACAUGACUAAAUCCAGUGACCUUCGUGUGGUGAUGGAACACUUUCCCAAUGUAACUUCACUACAAAAGAAUGAAGUACCCAAACUCCUUAGCCAAGAAAGAUCAGUAUUUUGGUCAUGAGAUACGCCCUUGAGUGGAGCUCUCCUGCUCAGCUUGGCAACGCUUGACAGGGUGGUGAGCAAAGAGUUGACUGAUCCUCGUGUUUGCAAGAAUACUUCUGAUCUUAAUGCUGGAAUUGGUUAUUCCACUGUUAAUGGAACUAUAUUUAUUUGUAAUUACCUGAGUGCAUAACACAAUGGCCAAUGAGCAAAAGAGAUGCUAACGUUUAGGUUCACUAUGGUUUUCUCUUCUGUGGAAGGUAGACUGUAAUGGUGCCAGGACUCAAAGGACAGAUGUGUAACUGAUGUUGAGCUGUUCAGGUAUUUCAGGUACAGGGACAAUAUGUGAAGGCAACAGAUUUGUAUCUCAGCAGAGGGAUGUUCUGCUUGAGCAAUGUGGCCCCACAGCAUCAGAAGUCAGCAGGCCUGGGGGACUCCUUUCAGUCAAUGCAGAAAGCAAUUUCUGGGAAUUUAAUGCUUCAUCCCCACAGCCUUUUAUCCCAGAUCCCCGUGUGCUCAGGUCUGUGUUUGCAGGAAUACUGCAUUUGAAUUGUUGCUGCAUCACUCACAGAGAUAAUACUCUGCUGCCUUCCUACUUAAAGAACUCAAAUGUUUUUUACUGUGAAUUCAAAGACUAUUUGAAAUCCAGAUUCCUUAACUAGCUUUUGUUAUUACUUCAGAAAGAAAAAUCGGUCCUUUAAAUAAUAAAAUGUUCAUGCUAAAAAUUGGUUUGCUUUACUCCCACACCCAUUUUGAAUUGAGGCUGCUGCGUUUGAAGGGUAAGAUCCAAUAGUGCCUGUAAAGCCACAAUUGGUGUUUGAAAGGCAACUCUCUGCUGCUCUUUGAGUGCUAUUGAUGCUUUCAGCUGUGGCAUGAAAGACCUAGAACUCUGAUCUCAGGUUUUGGCAAGUCAAGUCAUUCAAUUCAAUUUCAGAACUGUACAGCUGUGAAGCUUUACAAGUUUUGAUGUUUAAAAAGGCAGGGAUUAUUUCUGUUCCCUGUGAUUUGUGAGCAACUGCUGCUUCUGUUAGCAAACCCAGGAAGAAACCUGUCUGUCUGAUGUGCACAGACUGUUACUGAUACCUGAGCAGCUAUUACAUAUCUGGCUGAUAGCCGUGAGAUCAAAGCACUCUCUGAUGCUCUCCUGCCCUUUGAGCACCUUUUAAUUGGCCCUGAACCCACGAUUUAGGAUUAGGAACUGAGCUUUGCCUCCUUGGGUCACUGGGUGAAGCCAGUUUCAGUCUGUAGGAGGCUGAUUGGUGCUCUCAGCCUUCUGUCUAGUGGGGAGGGAGAUGAUGUUGUUACUGCCACCUCUCCGGUCCUGGUCUUGGUGUAGGCAGGGAGCUAAGAUCAGCUAGUCCAUCCAUCAACCCAUCACCAACAUUUAGCUGUUAGCCAAAACCAGUGGAGAGUGGGAGAGCUGUGAGGUGAGUGCAGGCUCUGCUCUGCAAUCAAAGCGGGCUCAUUGGGUCACUGUGCACCUCUGCUAAACAAGCCCAACUUACAAGCACAUCCAUGUUGCACUGCUGUGCAGCAUUCUUCUCACUGCACAGGGCUUGUGGGAUGGGGCAGAGCAUUGGCUCUGGUUGUUUCUACCUUCCAGUAGAGGAUACUGCCAGCACUCUGCCCACAGUGGCUGUAUGCAGGGAGAUGGGACAUGGACAGGUGCUCUGCAGAAGGCAGGAAGCAAAGCCAUCCUGCAGGAUGGCCCUCUGAGCAGAGGCUCAGUUCAUUCUAUGCUGCUCACCUGCUGUUUGCAGCCAAGUCUAGAGGCGCACAGAUAGCAGUGCCUUGCAAGAUUAAACUCUUUGAUUCCAAUCUUUUUAGCUAGAAAGCAUGUUGUUUUAUCUAAUGCUUGUCUCUGUCUGUUUUAGGCUGUGGUGCCUGCUGUGAAAAGGUAUGCAUAAUGAAAUGAUUAAAUCAUGCAUUUUAAAAUAAUCAAAAUCACGCUGUUUCAGCUGUGCAGCAAUCCUGCUCCUCUUAGGAGACAUCUACCCAGAUUCAGCAUUUCUUUUGGAUUUUAUAUUUCUUAGAAGGACUCUGAAUAAAAAAGAUAAUGCGGCUGAGGCCAGUUCUGCUCUCCUGUAUGCCCAGGGCCAGGUUUGAUCACAUUCAUAUUCUUCUUGUGUCGCCACACACAGAAAAUAACUUUGCGGUCUGAUUUUAUGCUCUAAAGAAAAUCAUUCACACUGUGACAGCACUUCAAAAUAUUUCAAUCCUUAUUCUGUGUACGCUGCUGGCUAUUGCUGCAGUGCAGGAAAAAAACACUUCACUGAAUCAGUGGUUAUGGGAAGGGAUAAAGUUUCCAAAUCACUCUUUUCUGUCUUGAUUUUCUAACUAAUCCCUUGUUCCUGCUGCAUCUCCAGUUUGGAGUUUCCCCCCAUAACUCUGCACUACUUCAAGCUUUAGCAUUCUUGAUCUUCUUAGCUGCUCAGAACCGCUUAAAAAUUGUGCGUUAUAAGGUCAGGUGAUGCUACAUGGGCUACUACAUCUGGGAGCUGCUGGUGGGAAGCAGCUCAUCUCCUGUCCCCCAAAGAGGCGUGGAAAUUUCCUUUUUCCUUGAGGUGGCUUGUGGCAAUUGAGGCACUGACUCCUUGGCUAGUGCAGGAUGAAGACCCUUAUUUGUUUGUGCUCACAGCCUUUUAUACCCCCAUAACAACCCCUUGGUCACAUGUACUAGCCAGGUGCCUCCUGCGUGUUUACAUCUGGUGCAAGUAGCUGCCGAGCUUGUUUACAAUGUCUUUUGCUCAUAAUGUUUUUGUUUUCUUUGCCUCACAUCCUCUACCACCAAAGCCUGAAUCCAUCUUUAUCCACCAAGAAACUCAUUCUUCUGAAAAUGAUCAUCAAGGGAUAAUCAAGAGAUGCCCGGCAUCAGACAGUCCAGCAAAGUCUGCAUCUCAUGUUCCACUGAGACCACUGCCAUGGUUACCUCCACAGAAGUCUCACGUUGUAGCUCUGCCAUGAAGCAUGUAGAGACAGACACCUGUGAUUCACUCCCUGCUUUGGUCCUGUACUUGGAGCUGCACACCAGGUGAAACGUUCCUGCAUUGGAGGAUUUCUCUCAGCCAGAUCAAAACCUGACAACGUGCUGGAUACUGUGACUACCACCUGCCUGGCUGUUCCACUUCACACACUGUGCUGCGGGAGAGCUGCUCACCCUGUGGGAUUCUAUAGCAGCUGCAGAAGACGGGGCUAUGAGGACAGCCUGGCAGGGGAAAGCCGGUCGCAGCCCACUCCAGGCCCUGUAUGAGAGUGAUCAGUUUGAACAGUCAUCACUGCAGGCAGUUCACCAGCAGCGACGGGAGCUGUUGAGCAACGUCUGCAACCGUUAUACCCGCAAGCGGCGGCUGCUGCGGCCGGAUGACUUGCGGCACUUGGUCGUGGAUGACACACAUGGGCUGCUCUACUGCUACGUGCCCAAAGUGGCCUGUACGAACUGGAAGCGGGUGAUGAUGGUCCUGACGGGGCAGGGCAAGUACCGGGAUCCUCUGGAUAUCCCUGCCAACGAGGCCCACGUGUCAUCCAACCUGCACACUCUCUCUGAAUACAGCAUCCCUGAGAUCAACCACCGCCUGCGCAGCUACCUCAAGUUCAUCUUUGUGCGGGAGCCCUUUGAACGCCUGGUCUCAGCCUACCGCAACAAGUUCACCCGCAGCUACAACACGGCCUUCCAUAAGCGCUACGGGACCAAAAUCAUCCGGCGGCACCGGCAGGAACCCAGCGACAAGGCACUGGAGCGUGGGGAUGAUGUGCGCUUUGAGGAGUUCGUUUACUACCUGCUGGAUCCGCGGACUCAGCGGGAGGAGCCUUUCAAUGAGCACUGGGAGCGCGUGCACUCACUCUGCCACCCCUGUAUCGUCCACUACGACGUGGUGGGCAAGUACGAGACCUUGGCUGAAGAUGCCAACUACAUCCUCCAGCUGGUGGGUGCUGACACGAGUGUCAAGUUCCCGUCCUCGUCUAAGACCACCAGAACCACGGAUGACAUGACGGCCCAGUUCUUCCAGGACAUUAGCCCCUUCUACCAAAGGAGACUCUUUAAUUUAUACAAAAUGGACUACUUGCUCUUCAACUACUCCAUCCCCUCCUACCUCCGCAUCCGGUGAGGCAGGUGCUGGGGAGAGGUGGGGGGAGUUAGGUACUUCUCAUCUUGCCAUUACUCCUCUCAUCCCACCCUGUGCUCGUCUCUCGGUUCUCCCCAUGCCUGCUCUGUUCUGUGUGCCUUGUUUAGGCAUAGUCUGGAGGGAGAACACCCCACAGAAUGCUGGGGCUGGAGUUUCUCCUUCCCCUUUCCACUGACCCCAUGACUUUGGCUCUUGUCAGUGGGCACAGGAAGCUGCUGGCUUUGAGGGCUUGCCUUGGCUGGGGAUUUUCUCGUGAAUAAGAGCUUCCUCUGUACAUCCAGGUCUUGUGAAGGGUCCUUUUUUGGGCAGGAUCCCUUUGGGUGUUUCUCCUCCUCACUGGGCUGUUUGGGGUCAGCCUGGGGAUCAGGAUGGAGUUUGUCAGAGAUAUACAUAGGACCAGAAAUAAAGCAAUAAUUUAAGUUUUCCUUGUUCAUUUUGAAUUGCUCCCACCUUUCUGCCUUCUUCUACCCCCAUCCCAGCUCUCUGAGCCAUCUCCACUGCUGGGGAGGGCAGCAACGCAAGCUGCAUUUUGCUCAGACAAAGCCUGGAGGGCUUUUUGUUCCUCUUCUUCCACGUGCUUCCAGCUGGGGAUGCAAAAUGCAUCCAAGUGAAUGCAUCCAAGUGAACAGGGAGAAAGAAGCAGAUCUGCAGUUGAUGUGAGUGACAGAGAUAGAGCAAUUUCUCCUGAAUGACAGCAGCAGAGCCUUCAGUCUGUGCGUAUGUGCAUCUGGAUUUCUGGUCAAGUCCAAUAAAUCCAGAUUGUUUUGUCUUAAUUAUGUAAAGACAGGUGUUAAUUGUUUUGCAAAGCCAUACAUCCAACACAGGUGCAGGUACACCCACUUGGCAUGAAGGAAUGGAGGAAGAGCAUCGUGCAAAGGUGAUGCUGCAUUGGGAAGGCUGGAGGAGAGCGUGUGUAAGUGAGUGUGUGUAAGAGAGUAUUUAUGCCUGAGAAUCUGAAAAAAAUAGAGAAGUAAAAAUGGAGACAGAGACACCUAGAGGAAAAUUCCCCUUUGCUUGGCUGGCUUUGGACAAUUCACCCCUUAUAGAAGAAACAGGAGCGGGGGGAGAACACAAAAGAAAAUGACAAAUGUGAUCCUGAGGUUUUUAAGUUCAAGCCAGUCCUAGGAGCUCUAUUUCUUUAAAACCAUAUUUAAAACCUCCUUUCUGUUCAGCCCCAGCUAAGGUGGCUGCCUUUGUAAAUAAACACAGCUGUAAUAGAAUUUGCUGUAGUGUGUCUGCUGGCCCAGCUGCGAGCUCUUAUCAGUGCAAUACAAUGGAGGUUUUAUAAAGCCCCAGUGUGCUCAGACUGUUUUAAAAAAUAAUGUUUUCAUCUAAGAACUUCUGGCUGUUACAUCUUAACCUUUUUUGCUCUCUGCCUCUGAUCUGUACCUUUCUGCUGACAUUCUCCUCCUUGGUUAUGCUGUUUGGAGAGUGGUUUUAGCAAGCAUUAAAAAGAAAAGGAAAUGGAAUUGUUGGUGAUGCUGGCAGCCUGGGUUGGAGCUCUUGCUGUAAUGGCCUUUCUAGUGAUGGAUAUCAGAGCACGGAAACAGCUGAUGGGAUGCUGUAGAUGUCAGCAUCUGGGCUAUGUGUAUUCCUUCUGUGUUCUUAGAAUUCUUGCAGUCCCUGGUUAGUGCUCCUGGUUGUUUGGAGUCGGUCAGCAUCACGAAGGAAUGGGGUUUUUGAUGGAUUUGUGUUCUUGAAUGCUGUGUUCUGCAGGUAGCUGGUGGCUUGUCAGGUGGCAGGGACAAACGUAGCCUGGCUCCUGUGGUGCUGCCUCUGGGUAUGAUGCAUGCUGCUGGCUGGAAGAGCUCUGCUGUGACAGCAGGGAGCCAGCGACCAGGCUUUGUCCUUGUGAUGGUGACUGUUCGGAUCUGGUUCUGGUUGGGGUGUUCCUUCCCUUUGCAUCCUAUCCCCAGCAAAUCUCUGCCUUACGCAGUAGGGCUGCAGCCUGCCCGUUGCGUUCUGUGAUGUGCUGUCUUUGGGCUGAUGUGUUCAGAUAUACUCACUUUGAGGCUUUUUCUAGAAGAAAAGCAGCUGCAAUCCAGUGCAUUUAGGUCACGUUCUCAGCUUUUCUCGUGCCUAAACAUCUCUCCCCAAAGCACAACGUGACAAGGACAGAAAAUGGCAGCACGGAGUGGGUGGUGAUGGAGCAAGGAGGACACCGUGUGACAGGAGGGGACAACUGCAGGCGUGACACCUGCGGGACUUUGUGCUGGCAUCCAGUUCUCUGAGUGGCUUCUAUUUUUAAGUAUCUGUUUUCCUGUAUCCAUCCCUUCUUCUUGCCAAACGAGAAAUAAUCAAGGUGUUUGGAUGAGAGAUCGUGGCCUUAAGCUACCCCAGGACAGGCUCAGGUUGGAUAUUGAGAACACUUUCUUCUCCAAAAGAGUGGUGAUGCAUUGGCACGGGCUGCACAGGGUGUGCUGGAGUCACCAUCCCUGGGGGUGUUACAGAACCACAGACAUGUGGCACUGAGGGAUGUGGUCAUUGGGUACAGGGGGCUCAGGGGGUUGAAUGAAGUGAUCUUAGUGGUCUUUUUCAGCCUUAAUGAUUCUCUGAUUCUCUACCUCUUUGCUACAUGGGGCUCGGAGCAUAACCCUUGGUGUUUCUGCACUGGGGCAGUGAUGGGUCAGGGCAGGAUGAGCUGUGACCAGGGGACAGCUGCAGGCUGAGCUGCCAAGGUCACCCCAGCAGUGGGAGCCCAAAGACUAACAGAGUAAAUCAAGUGAGCUGUGAUAAUCACACACGGCUUGGCCUCAGGCAAGGAACAACCUUGCAAACUCUCUUUGAACCCUCCCUUCUGCAUCUCCCCCCUCAAGUGCCUAUUAAAAAUUAAUAAUUAAAACCAAGAAGCAUGAAGCAGCAUUCAGCCCUCUGAGUCACAGCUGAGAUGGGGCAAUGGGGUUUGUUGUGAGCUCUCAGAGCCCCAGGGAUGCAAAAAUAGAGAACAGCAUCACUUUUAUAAAUGUCUGUGUGCAUGCACACAUAUACAGUGUAAAUAACAAUUCUUUUAUAAUGUAUAAUAGAAUUAUUUCAAUUGUCAUAUUUAUAUGUUAAUACAUGGACUAUAUGUAAUAAGUAUGUGUAUAAAAUUUGUUAAGAGAAUAAUUAAACAGCAAACAUGAUUGUA